AUGACCGGAGCUCGUACGAGCUCGUAUCACCGUUACCGACGGCAACAUGAGGGGGUCGUACCGCCGUUACCGACGGCUACAGAGGGGGAAGGGGGUCCUAUUAUCUGUGACAAUGCGUCCAACAAUAAUGUCAUGAUACAGAAAAUGGAAGAAGCAAUCGACUCCUUCCUUGGUGGCCGUGCUCGAGUCCGGUGCCUCUGCCAUGUGGUCAAUCUCGUUGCUAAGUCUAUCAUCUCUGUAUUCGACACUGCUCCAAGUGUCAAGAAGUCGGACAAGAAGUCGAAGAAGUCCGAUGACGACUUGGAGGAAGACUCACACCUCGCCGACAUAUUUUCAUCUAUGACAGAUGACGAGGUGAAGAAAUUCCGGGCAAGCGUUGAGCCUGCCAAGAGCGUGAUACAUAAGGUAUGGUUUACUCCUUGGAAUAGCUCUCAGUUCUAA